CUAGCCACACCCGUCCCAGCGAUGCCGACAUAUGGGUGAUCGUCGAUCUAUGACAAACAACAGAGAAGUCCACCGGAAUGAAAUUCGAUCAGUCAAUUGGAUCAGUCGUCAUGUCUCACCAGUCUGAGACGCAGAUACGUGGCCCCGAUAUGGUCUCUCUCUGACUCUCCCUCUCCCGGCCCUCAGCGUCGCGCAUCUCUGCAUCCACGGACGGGGCGGGGAGAGGCGAGGGGGCGUGCUCAGCUGUGCCGGCACGCGAGCGGGGGCCGGCGGGUCGGUGGAAUGCCGGUGGGGGAUGUGACGUAGCACCCGAAGCAGCAGCAGCACCAGCACCGCCAUGACCACGUCCUUGGGCCUCCCGACGGCCACCUGAACCGCAGUGGACACAGACACAUUACCCACGCACAUUCACGCUUUCCCGGCCUCCUCGUGUGUACCGUUGAGGGCGAGCGCCUGGCGACGUUUGUGAUGGCCGUGCGUCCACUCAAGAUACAGUUGGAGGAACCGCAAAUGCAAUCUCUCUGACCGGCGAGAAGAAGAUCCCUCUGCACGCUCUUGAGUGGUGGGCCUUGCGCGAAGGACGCUCUGCAAACCUGCUCCAUAUGCGUGGGCACCGUGUGUCGUUCCUCCCCUGCUGAACGUUCUGCUGUGGCGGCGGGCGAGACGCCCAAUUGCGCCCGCCUGGCUGGUCGCCACACUAUAGUCACAACCGCCUGAGACACACACACACACACACGUACUCAUGUCACUCCACUCGAUUAUAAUUUUCUUGGUAAAGAAUCGGCCGGGUACUUGAGUGGUGGGCUUUCGUCAUGUGGCGUGAACCCGAUAGGGGGGUGUUUGUCGGCCCAGGGAAGGGUUGGCUUCUCGUCCCACUCCCAAAACGCCUUGCCGUCAGGGGUCUUGAUAUUGUGAAUGCCCCCCCCGCGGCAAAGGAUGAGAACCAGCCGCCUCAGCUGGCAUGGCCAGCACGUCUUGGGGGAGGGAAUAAACAACGGGCCAGAAGAUGGCGUUCUCGUCGUUGUUGUGCUGCUCCAUGAGCCGCUUCUUGCGGGCAUGAAACUUGGGGCACUUCUUUGAGUGCCCCUCAUCGAGACAAUAUGCAACCACCUCAGGGGUGUUGCAAGCCACCUGAGUCAACCGGAGGAGCAUGGCAUUGAGUGCUUCAUGGUGAGGGACUCUCUGCAGACGGUGUACCGUGAAGGCGCCACUUGCAUAGCAAGUGCAGCUAAACCUGCACCGGGGCGCUCCGAAUGUAUUAACCACAGAAGCGCCCGCACCUUUUGCAGCGCAUCACCGGCCUGCAGCGAUGACGUGCCCCAUCUCCCUCCGCCAUUUUGACCUCAACUCAGUCGACUCGCACUUGUUCUUGUUGACCUCACCCUCGAACUCUGCGUUGUCCCGACGACGACAGUGAAACCGAAUAGGGGUCGAACCAGUGUGCACUGCUUUGUAUACUUCCAGCAU